UUCCUGUUAAUACUUCUGUGCAUUGUGCGGAUCGGAGCGUGUAGAAACUCAAGAACAAGUCUAACAAAUACCCUUCAAAAUGACAGAGCAAUACAGUUUUUCACUUACUACAUUUAGCCCUUCAGGUAAACUGGUUCAGAUUGAAUAUGCGCUGAAUGCUGUAGCCGCUGGUGCUCCUUCAGUGGGCAUCAAAGCAUCAAAUGGUGUUGUCAUAGCAACGGAGAAGAAGCACAAAUCUGUCCUCUAUGAGGAACAGAGUGUCCACAAGGUGGAAGGCAUCACAAAGAACCUUGGUAUGGUGUAUAGCGGCAUGGGCCCAGACUACAGACUGAUGGUGAGGCAAGCAAGGAAACUAGCUCAGAAUUACUUCUUGCAGUAUCAAGAGCAGAUCCCCACAUCUCAGCUGGUACAGAGAGUGGCAUCCGUCAUGCAGGAAUACACACAAAAAGGUGGUGUACGUCCAUUUGGUGUGUCUCUUCUGGUUGCGGGAUGGGACGAGGAUGAGGCCAGACCAUACCUGUUCCAGUGUGAUCCCUCAGGGGCGUAUUUCCCCUGGAAGGCUACAGCCAUGGGCAAGAAUCACGUCAGUGGAAAGACAUUCCUUGAGAAGCGCUACAAUGAAGAUAUGGAGCUGGAAGAUGCAGUCCACACAGCAAUUCUCACACUUAAGGAAAGCUUCGAAGGUCAGAUGAAUGAGGACAACAUCGAGAUUGGAAUAUGUAAUGAGACAGGAUUCAGGAGGCUUGCUCCAGCCGAAGUUAAGGAUUACCUUGCAUCAAUAGCAUAACCCUUCAUCAAUAUUUUUCAUAUCUUACUUACCUGCCAUUGAGCUGAUUUCUAUGGGGAUACCAUUUCAGGGCAUUGCCGUAAUAUGAAUCACCUACGACAAAAGUCUUUUAUCCAUGUAUCUCAUCCAUUAAUGAAAAUUAAAUUCUCUUGGGCCCUAUCUUACAUAAAGUUGUGAGCGAUUCAAAUUGAUCUCAACUUUAAAUCAAUCACUUCUCUGUAGUAAAGAGAUAGAAGUUAGUUAGUUUGACAAGUCUUAAUAACACAGGGCCCUGGUAUCACUUCCAUCAGUCACUGUCAUACCAGGAGAUUUUUCAUUUUAGAUGAACUAGACGGAUAUAGGACUUAUGUCAGAUGUAACACGUUUCGUAUGAUCACCCAUGAGCGGGUAUUUUUUUUCCUUUUUGUUUUUACAAGCCCUUCUCUUCUCUUAUGAUUGACACACGACUCUAAUGAGAAAGCUAGUGGCUAGGUAGUGAGAUAUGGUAGUUUGUACAUUGUAUUUGCAUAAAAUGUAAAAAGAAUUACUCUCUUGUGAUGUAUUGUCAGAAUUUGUUUUCUUCUGUAAGACAAUGGUCCAUUUGUGAUUAAUGGCAAGUAGUAUGUUUUGUUUUUUAAAGGAGUGACCAUGUACUCUUCCUUUCAGGCACACUGUAACAAUUUGUUCAAAACAAUUCAUUUGUCAAAUGAAUUAUUCCUCUCAUAGGAUAAAAGUAAGAGGAUUUUCAGGAUUGCACUAAAUGCAAGGUCUCAAGGUGAAUGCAGUUCAUUAAUGGAUGCCAAUUUUCUAACCAUCUCUAAAAUCUUAGAGCAUUUUGAUAACUCGGUCUGAAUACUCAAAUUCAAAUUAGGGAUAUUAUCUUACCAGAUUUUCUUGUAAUGAACUAUAUAUUCCAUCCCUGAAGUAUUAUUGCAUAUCUAAAAAUGGAAUGCAUAAUAAGUUGUUGCUGUCAGGCAAGCACCGUGUAAGUUUUUGAUUCGUCAAGGAGAACUUUCAGCGGAGUUGAAUGUUAUAGGAUAGACCACCAUGAAGAAUAAAGUUGUAAAAGUAUUAAUAAUAUGUGAAAACCCCAUCAGGUAUGCACUUAAUUCCAGUAAUAUGGAGUUGAGUGAGGACUGCCCCUUAGGCUUAUGGAGGAUCAGUGUCCCUGUAAGUACACAUUUCAAUUUGAAUGCAUAGUUGUUUGUCAGUUGGAAACUAUAAGUAAGCCAGUUAUAAGAUACAUGUACGAUCAAGAUUGUAAAAAGCUAAUGAGAAAACAUGGGUACACGUAAGUGCUCAUGAAAGUUAUGAAAUUAUUAUUCAUUUAUGCAGCAACGGUGCAGUCCAUCAGAUACAUGUAGAAGGAAGUAUCCUUUUCCAAAAGGAAAAGAGAAGCUAUUCAUGAAGCACUACCAUUGCUUUGGGUGUGAUUAUUCUAUUCAAGAUGCUCAAAGUAGAACCUCUUCAUGUUUAAACAAAAUCUGUGGAUCGUGGGUUCAUUUAUACCAUGUGCUAGCAACAGACAUUUUUUUUUUAUUCCAUGGUGUUUAACGUUUUACAAAAUGAAUGUAGUUGCUUUGGAAAUGUGUCCAUCACUUAAUAAAUAAUCUUAAUCUCAAAAACAUAUCAGGUACGUUGUUUAGAUGAUUAUCCAUAUGUAGUUAUAAUGCAGUUGUUCUACAUGCAUUGGAACGUUGCAAUUCCUUGUUCAAAUACUCUUGAAAUUCAAACAUAUCUUGUAAGUUUGUAAUCCUUUGCAGAUAUGUAUCAAUUGUUAAUUAUCUAAUGCGCCUCGAAGUCAGAGGCUGUAAAUCUUGCAGAUGGCAAACAAUGAAACUUUGUUUUAAAAAUUUAA